GGAGUAGGCAUUGAAAAAAAUAUAAAACAUAUUUUAAAGUACUCUUAAUUUUUGUUGUUUAAAAACAGAAAAUUAUCAACAAGCAAAAUGAACAAUCUUGAUGGAACAUUAGAUGGAAUUCAAAAUACGCGUUUUCUAAACAUUUAUCAUGGGCUGGUCAGGCAGAUGGUUAAACAAACUCAAUUCACAGAAAUGGAAUUGAACUGUAUUCUAAUGAUUUAUCAUAAGUUUGUUUUAUUAAAUGGACCAAAAGCAAAAGCAAUGACGAAGAAGCAGUUUUUCCAUCUAUUCGAAGUGUUGUUUAAGAUUUUUGAUUUGCAAAUAAUCGAAAAGAUCAUGUUAUUGAUUGCAAAAGAUUCAAAAAAUCACGUCAGUCCAAGUGCUUGGGUGAACUUGUUCUCGGUGUUUAUGUCGGAAUCGCUGGAUGAGAAGAUGAAUUAUGUUUUUAGUGUAUACAGUUUAUAUGAAACGAAGUUUUUGAAUAGAGAAAUUUUAACAAAAUUUGUUGAAAAAUUCUUCACUGGUGAAGAUGAAGAUGAAGUUGCGGAACUUGCAGCGGAUAUGGUUGAUUUGUUAUUUAAGAAAUUUGAUGUUGAUCGUGAUGGUUUGAUUUCUUACGAUGACUAUUGCACAGUGGUUAGGAAGACGCCAAUGCUUUUGGAAUUUCUGGGUACAUGCCUGCCAUCGCGUGAUGGAUUGACAGUUACUGCAUAUUGUUCAAAUAUUCUUUCGAAGAUUGGUGAUAUGCAGUCCAGUUAAAAUGAGUUCGUAGACUUUGAUUAAACAAAUACAUAUGUUUUUUAUUUAUAAUAAAACAUGUGCUUUUAAAUAUUGAGGGA